AUGUCCUACAGAAUUUGUUUUAAAAUAAUUGUCCGUCUCAGGGUUUGCAAGUUCUAUGCCCGUGGAGCGUGUUUGAAAGGGGAUCGAUGUGAUUUUGUUCAUGAGAGGAAGGAUGGUGUAACUUGUAAUAUUUGUAGCUAUUAUCAAAAAGGAUUAUGUGCUUAUGGUAGUAGAUGCAGGUAUAAGCAUGUUAAAGCUUCAGAAGCUUCAUCUUCAGCAAAUGGACGUCAUUCUCCUGUUUCAGAUUCUGUGGUAAAUCAUACCCCCAGUUGGGUUCCGAAGGCUGUGAAGUCAUCUUCGUCAGACAAGUGCGCAAGGAGUUCACAAUACAAGAAUCUGGUCUCUCCUGGAAAUGAUGUUGGUCAAUCCAGUACUAGUAGUGCUGCACCAUCUGAACUUCUGUUUUGUUCAUUUGCAGCUUCCAACUGCCCCCGUGGAAAUAAAUGUUCUCUUGUUCAUGGAAAUCGAUGUUUCUACUGUAGAAAAUUUUGCUUACAUCCUACUGAUAGAGAGGAAAGAGAAAUUCAUUUGGCAACUUGUGAGAAAAAGGAAAAAUAUCUUCAGGCUUUGAAAGUUAGUCAAGAUGUCGAAUGCAAUGUUUGUUUGGAGCUUGUUCUUUCCAAGCCUAAACCAUCUGAUUGUAAGUUUGGGCUGCUUCCUGAAUGUGACCAUGCUUUUUGUUUAUCCUGUAUCCGCAAUUGGCGUAAUAGUGCCCCAACAUCUGAAAUGGACAUCAGUGAUAAUGGCACUGCUAAUACAGUGAGGACAUGUCCUGUUUGUCGCAAACUAUCAUAUUUUGUCAUUCCAAGUGGUAUUUGGUACUCUACUAAGGAAGAAAAACAGGAAAUUAUUGACAACUACAAGGCAAACUGCAAACUAAUUGAUUGCAAGCAUUUUGACUAUGGAAAUGGGAAUUGUCCAUUUGGGGCUAGUUGCUUUUACAAGCUUAUAUUUGUUUCUUGUUUGACCUUUAAUAAUUAUGGUAUCUGUUGCUUUCAGCAUACUGUGAAGCCUGGCUCAUACACAUGGAUACAUCGUAGGCCACCACCACCACCGCGGAGACAAAACAAUUUUAAUAUGUAUGAUAUGUUGGACAUACUCAACGAUGUUGAUUUAACAAGUGCGGAAUAUUUUUCCAUCGUGAGGCACCCGGAGUUUUUUGAUGAUAUGAUGGAUAUAUCUGAUACGCUUGGUGGAGAAUUAGGUCCAUGUUUGGGCCCUUUUGAUUCUGAUGAAGAGGGAGUGGAUAUUUUUCAGAUGGCUGCAUUGUCCGAAGCACUUGAUGUGGAUGAUUUUGGUCCUGAAGUUUUUGAUGAUGAAGAGUUCAACCCAAUGGAUGCUGCCUUGUUAUCAAUGAUGAUGCAUUCUAUAGUAUAG